AUGGGAGACGGGCUUGAGUUUUCUGAGAAUGAAAGGCAAGAGUUUGAGGAAGAAUCCGGGUUCAAGCAAGAGGAAGGAGCAAGGGAAGACGCGGAGGACGGGCAAGCAAACGAAGUGGAGGGAGAGGAGGGGAUGGGCACAGGGUCAGGGCAAGGGGCAGAGAAAGGGGCAGAACAAGGGGCAGAGCAAGGGGCAGAACAAGGGGCAGAGCAAGGGGCAGAGCAUGGGACAGAGCAAGGGGCAGAGCAAGGGGCAGAGCAAGGGGCAGAGAAAGGGGCAGGGGAGGGACGAGCAGGCGAUGUGGACAGUGAGUCAGUGGGGCAAGCGGUUGCUGAGGAAAGAGCCAUGCAAGAGGAGGUGUUUGACAAUCUUUCCAUGGUGCAGGUGAGUGGGGGGAGGUGCGAGGGGCGAUUUGUGGGGGCGAUUGGUGAAAGGGGCGAGGUGCACAUGCCACUCGUCUCUGUCGGCCACAUUGCGGGGAGCAGAGGGGGGGCGAGAGUGGAUUCAGGAGGAGCGGUUACCACUAAUGUGGGGGAGAGGCAUGCGCACAUGGGAGCAGAGGGCUGGGCGGGGAGAGCAGGAGAAACGCAGGUGGGGUGGGGCUCCCAAUGGCCCGUAGGAAGGGGGUUCCCAUGGCCGAUGGGGACGGGACAGCAAUGGGCGGUGGGGAGUGGGUUUCCAUGGCCGAUGGGGAGUGGGUUCCUAUGGCCAGUGAAGAAGGGGAACCUGGUGAAGGUGCGUGGGAGAGCAAGCAAAGAGGAGGUGAUGGCACGGCUGAAGGGAAAGCAUGAGCUCGUCACGCCAGCAGUCGCGGAUCAGCUCCUCCGCCUUCCCUCCCUCACAGCACGUCACUUCCACCAAGCUUCUAUCGGUUCAGACGCCCUGCCACUCUUCCAGUCCGCUUCUCAGCUCCACCGCCUCGUCAUCGCCUGCUAUAAGCCCUUCGACCUGCUUCCCAACCUGUCAGCCAACCGCCAGGCGAACCUGUUCGCCCCGUCUGAACCCGCCAGCCAACUCCAGCCAUUUCAGCCGUUUGCAGGCCUGAGGGAGCUGCAUGUGAGCCGCGUGGCCGACUCUAUUCUGCAGCAGGUGGGCAUGCUCACGAGCCUUGAGGUCUUCUCCUGCACGUGCAGAAAGGGGGUGAGUUCUAGGGGAUGGGUCCACCUCAGAGGGCUGCAGAACCUGAAGAGGCUGCAGCUGGCGCCGACAAUGCGCGUCGCCAAAGAAUCGCUGAAGCUGGCAUCUAACGACCACCCCAAGGGGCCGAACCUCAGCUUCUCCAAAUCUCGCCUGCCCAAGGUCACCAGAACCUUCCAAAGGCCUUUUAAGAAAGGAACUGCAUGCACAAAUCGAUCUCCCAGCAACCGCAUCGACGGCAGCAUAUGGGAGGUGGUGGCUGCGCUGCCAGGCCUGCAGCACCUGGAGCUACACACAGCAGAGCCCAGCACCACCGCACUAAGACCUCAGCCUGGCUGCCUGCACGUUCGACGCGGAUCGGGCUGUGAGGUCGAGAACGGCAUCACACAGCUGCAGCUGCAGUCACUGGACCUGUCGGGAACGGCAGUCAGCCAAGGCGCUGCUGUGCAUCUGCAAGCGCUUCAGCGGCUGGAGCAGUUGAAGCUGCAGCAGUGCAGCGGCAUGAGCAAGCUUUUCGUGCAGCAUCUGAGCCGCGUUCCCGCAAUGCGGAGUUGGAUCUGGGCUGCAACAACAUGCAGCAUGCUUGGCUGCUGCCGGUUCUGGAAGGGAAGAAGGUGA